AUGGAUUCCCUGGUGGAUGGGAACCCCACUGCAGUGACAGAGUUCAUUUUAUUGGGCUUAACAGAAGAUCCUACCCUUCGGGUCGCCCUCUUUAUGGUCAUCCUGUGCAUCUAUCUGGUGACCAUAUCUGGCAAUCUCAGCACAAUCAUUCUGAUCAGAAUCUCUCCUCAGCUCCAUCAUCCUAUGUAUGUUUUUCUGAGCCACUUGGCUUUGGCUGACAUAGGGCUUUCAUCCUCUGACACACCCAAUAUGCUUGUAAACUUCCUGGUGGAGACAAAUACAAUCUCCUAUUCUGAAUGUGCUAUCCAACUUGGCUCAGGUGCUUUCUUUGGGACAGUUGAGUGCUUUCUUCUGGCUGCCAUGGCCUAUGGUCACUUUGUAGCAAUCUGCAGCCCACUGCUUUAUUCAACUAAAAUGUCCAUGCAAUAUCCCUACAGUGGCCACCCAUUUUCUGCUUGCUCCAUUACUGUGGUCACAGUGUUUGUCAUAGCCAUCUCGUACAUCUAUAUCCUCAUCACCAUCCUGAAGAUGUGCUCCACUGAGGACCGCCACAAGGUCUUCUUCACCUGCACCUCCCACUUCAUUGCAGUCAGUCCGUACUAUGGGACCAUUACAUUCAUUUAUGUGAUGCCCAAGUCCAGCUACUCUACUGACCAGAACAAGGUGGUGUCUGUGUUCUACAUGGUGGUGAUCCCCAUGUUGAACCCCCUCAUCUACAAUCUCAGGAAUAAUGAGAUUAAGGGUGUUCUCAAGAGACAGCUUGGUAGAAAAAUAUUCUCUUAA